GAAAAAUAAAAAAAAUGAAAUGGAAAAAUAAAAGCAAGAUAUAAUGUUUAGUAAAAGGAGAAAGAGAAGAAGGGAAUGCGUACGCAUGAGGGAACAACGAAAGAGGGAAAAGAAAAGGGAGCAGUGACGCCGCUGAACCAGAGACCCGACGGAGCUGCGACGCGAAGUGAUCGGAACUGCGACGUGGACGAGCGGAGCUACGGCGUCGAAGUUUAAAGAGGCUUGCUUUGGCACUAUUGAGGCCUCUGACUCUUUCGGAUUCAAUAGAAAACACGCAAAGUGCUCCCAUCGAAGGGUUUUCAGUGUCUCAGUUUUGUUUCUCGUAGUUCGCAGGUGAACUUACUUGACCAGAGCUUGACAACUGGCAGAAAAUUUUUUCGAAGUCUCUGUCUGGUGCGAUGGUUUACAUUACUGAGUGGGACAAAUUUGUGGAGCAAUCCAUUCAGUUGUUCCGUGCUGAUCCUGAUUCUACACGGUAUGUCAUGAAGUACAGGCACUGUGAUGGCAAGUUGGUACUUAAGGUCACUGAUAAUCGACAGUGUCUAAAAUACAAGACAGACCAAGCACAAGAGGCUAAGAAGAUGGAAAAACUGAACAAUAUGUUCUUUGCUUUGAUGGCCCGUGGUCCUGAUGUUGAUCUAUCAGAAGUCACUGGAAAAGAGCAAACGGAUGCUCAACCAAGCAAGAAAGGAAGAGGAAGGAAGCAAUAACUUGCUCAUUGCGAGACAUGAUGGUUUUAUGAGUCAGAGGACUUCCUAAGAAUUUUAACAGUUAUACUUUUUGUCGACCUAAUGAUUACUUCUUCAGAUUCUAUGAUGAAAGUGGUUUGUAUAUUGAAGUUUUGAAGUCUGAAUUUCUGAUCUUUGGCAGUCUUGAGUAUUACAGAAUUUAGUCAUGCCACCAAGAUUCGCCGUGCAUCGUUAUCGUUAUUGAAUCCUUUUAUAUAUCUGAUAGGAACAAUUGAUUUUGAA